AUUAAAAAGAAGGUAAAACCACCCAAGAGAGGCAAUGAAACCAAGCUUGGAAUCCUCUCUGUUAAGUUUUCAUUAGUUUUCUUUUCUUUCUCUGUUAAAACAAAAACUCUCGUCUCAGAAUCCAGGAAUCCACAGAAACAAGAAGAGUGGUUUCUUUUCUUCAGAGUCUGCAGGCUUCAUCUCAGAGGAAGAUAGAGAAGACAUCCCCACCUUCAUCAUUGCUUUCAUGUAAUUUUGAUCUGUUUUACUACUUUGGGCCAAGUCUUGUUAUGAUUUCUCUUUGAAGAUGGUUCAAAGAAAGUCUCCUAACAAGCUUGGAAUCCAAGCAGCUUCCCAGAGACAUGAUAAGGCCGAGAAGCGGUCAACGACCCUUAAACCAUCCCCUACGCAAAAUCAUGACAUGAGAAGCAGAGGAGCUGAGUUGAAGAAGAAAAUAAAGAAGUCAAGAUCGUUGAAGCGUUCUGAUUUGGAGAGCUUAGGAUCGUCUCCUGUCACACCGGCGAAGUUGCGACAUCAGAAACCAGCUAUGGAGGAAUCUAGUCCUUCUGUGAUCAAGAUGUCUGGUGCUUCUCCGAAUUAUAUGAAGCCCACGAGCAGUUCUGAUGCCAAGAAGGAACAGCGUUUACAGGUGAGUCCCAGUACAUCUCAAACUAGCAAUCUUCAUGGUAGGAGUUCUAGUAGGAGGAAUUCGAAUUAUUCAAAACAUUCUGGUUCUGGUCACAAACCUGCAACUGCAAGGACUCUAGCAAAACAAUCUAGUCUGAAACCAGUGAGAACUUUGGCAAAAACAUCUAGUUUGAAAACGUCGAGGCCUUCCAUGAAGAAGAGCUCCCGGGUUUCUUUGUGUCCCAGUGUUGAUGUUGACCGGGCGACCUGUUCAUCCACUCUGAAGGACUCGAAGUUCCCUGCCUGUCUGACGCUUAGUCCCGGCGGAACAGAGGCAGAAGGGACUUCAGUUUUCAAGGUCUGUCCUUACACUUACUGCUCUCUUAAUGGCCAUUACCAUGCCCCAGUGCCUCCCCUUAAGCGUUUCCUGUCCAUGAGGAGGCGUCUGUUGAAGACUCAGAAGAGUUUGAGAUUGAGAGGUCUCUCUAAAACUUCUGGGGCCAGAGUCCGGGAUCCUGCAAUUCAAGAAGCAGAUUUAGCAGGUUUGGCAGCAUCUCCUAUGAUGGAGGAAGUGGACACAGAUUAUUUUGUAGAAAUCUAUGCAAAACCCAGAGAGGAGACUGUUGAAAUCAUGUUGUCAGAUAGAGGUGGUUCUGAAAUGGAUGUAGAAAAUGAUGAUAAGAGCCUAUUAGAUGAAUCUCCAUACUCGGAAAUAAGCUUUGAAGAUGGUCUCGACUAUUACAGUGAAUUUCUCCAGGCAGAAAUGGAUAAUCAAAUGACAUUUCCUGAACAAGAGCAGUUGAUAGAAGUUGAGAAUGAGGAUUACCGGCCUUGCCUGAUAAAAGAAGUUAGCCCUGCCGAGACUGUUUCUGAAACUAGUGAUAUGGAUUUGGAGGAAGAACAAGUCGUAGUACCAAAUCUUGAUAAUGGGUCUGAUGAUUCCAACCCUCCUGGUAAGGAGCCAAAUCCUGUAACUCUGUUUUUGACAGAGUCAAAGGAUCCUGGACUGCACAGUGAGACCACCUUCAAGCCAAAUGGCAUUUUUAGUGAUUACCGUCAGGAAGUUCCAGAAGAUGGUGAACUGCGAAAAAUUUAUGAGGAAAAUGAACAUUUUAGUGAAGAACUUGGAGACAGUGGCUCUGAAUCGAAUUUUGGAGAUGACUAUUUGGAGGGUGACAUAUCAAGUGAAAUAAGUGUGGAAGGGUCUGAUGCUUCUCAAGCUCUAAUUCGGGACAUAUUUUCUUCCACUGAGGAUGAAAUUGAGGAACCUACAGUAAUUAAUGGAGAAAACAAUGAAGUUCCAGUUACAAAUAAGUUCAUCAGCAGCAUGAUAUCUGCAGAAUUGGAGGAAUCAACAACAUCCACUGAAGAGAAGAAUGGGGAUUCUCAACUAGAUGACAACAUCAGCAAUGUAGCAGGGGAACCUGUCAAGGAUGUGGUAACUGAGGAUCUGGUUAUUGAAGAAGAAUCCAAACCCCAACUACAUGAACUGGAAGACGCAGAUAGUUCUAUUAAAACACAGAUUUCGAAGUCUUUCGAUUCUGAUGAAGCAGCUAAAAGCAAUCUUAGUCUAAGCGAGGCAGUCUUGGGUGCUCAUGUGGGAAGUAGAACAGAAGACAAAGUGCAAGAAGAUUGCGAUGCAAACCACCAAGCUCAAACAGAGAUUGAAGCUUGCCAGCUUGAUGUAACCACUGAAGAUGACAAAGGCGUUCAUCUAGAGAUUCAAGAUCAUUCAUCUGACAAUCAAUCAGAUAUGAGUAACACAGUUGAGGUACCAAAGUUCCCAGAAAAGGACGACCAACAACUGCUCAAGGACGACAGAAAUCUGAGAGGGAAAGUCAGAAGCAAGAAGCCCACUGAGGAUGAGGAAGAACUUAGGAAAUUCAACCCAAGGGAUCCACGAUUCCUGCCCUUGGAGCCUGAACCUGAUGCAGAGAAGGUUGAUCUCAGGCAUCAAAUGAUGGAUGAAAGGAAAAAUGCGGAGGAAUGGAUGCUUGACUAUGCACUGCAACAGGUUGUUAAGAAACUUGCUCCAACUCGUAGCAAGAGGAGAGUAUCUGUGCUUGUUCAAGCUUUUGAAGCAGUUAGUCCAGAACCCAAAUUUGAAACAGCAUCCUUUUCUCCUUCAAGAGUAAUUCAAGCUUGUAGUUAAUUUGUGGACAUAGAAGUGAUGAUCAGAAAGCAGCUCUAGUAUAUCUACUAUAAAUUAAUAAAGCAGAUUGGCUAAGUAUAUUUCAGCACGAGCAUUCUAUAGUCUUAAUUGAAGAAAUAGCAUCAUUGUUACUCUGAAGUGCUAGACUUUGCAUUCAUGGCUGGAUGGUGUUUGAAUUGUGCAUAUGAAACACUGUAAUUUUUCUUAAGCUUCUAAGAUUAUGUGCCAAGUUAUGGUAUUUGACAGUAGAAUGAAUGAGGAAACUUAUUAAAUGUACUCUAUCCUGUGAUAAUUAAGUGUGCUAUUUAAUAUUUA